CUGGCUCAGCAGCCAAUGAGAGAAUUCAGAGCACAGUUCCUAGUUCCUGACCUCUGUGUAGUGUGCACCUGUGCGCACAUUCUCAGGAAGCUCCCAUGUUGCCAGGGAUCACAACAACAGUGGAACAAAACAUCGCAGUGGUCUCGAAUCAACUCAGCACAGCUAGAAGUGUCAACACGACUUGAGCAUUGGAAGAUGUUGCGAUUACUGUUUCUGUGUUUGAUUGUGACUCUGCAAGGAGCUGCUGCUUCCUCAGAGGAGAGUGAAGGAUCAGCAGACGCAGCAGGUGGAGACGAUGAAGAUCUAUUCAAGCAAAAUGGUGGAGACGAUGAAGAUCUAUUCAAGCAAAACGGUAGAGACGAUGAAGAUCUAUUCAAGCAAAACGUGAUCCCAAAUCUCAGGAAUGAUUACGUGGUUAUCGAACCUGAAACUAAUGAUAUUGUGGACACAAACAAGGCAACAGGAGAAAAAGUAGGGGAAGAUGGAUUUACUACCAUUGUCAUCAUCGUAGCCGUGAGUGUGGUGGCACUGUCAAUCGCAGUGAUAGUAGCCAUAGUGCUGGUCCGGCGCCGCAUGCACAACCGACCACAAGGGGUCUACUCAGUGCCUGCAGAACAGGGAAUGAAAGGAACGGUCUAACCACAAGAUGAGCUCCAGUCCCAUUGGACACCUGCAGGGGAGGAGCUCUACAACAUACUGACCUUUGACUCAGGAAGGGAACACUUUCCACCCCAGCCUGCUCUUACUGAACCACUCCCUACUGCUCUCCUCUCUGGGACCAUCUGUUACUGUGUCAUGGGUCCCCUCCAAAGCCAGUGUAACUUAGUUUCCUAUAUUUGGGCUCUCGUUCAUUUUUGUGCCACGUAUCCCAAAGUAUGUGUGUAUAUUUAAAAGGGCAUUCUGCAGUUGCUAAAUCCAUUUCUGGAUGUACUCAUUGAUUCUUGAAUAAUAUAUAUGCCUCAGCUUAGUUCAACUGUCGUGCCCCAUCAGAACCCAAAACAUAAGCUUGUUUUAUGCCAAUGUUAGCAAACAAAGUAUGUUUAAACAAAUGCUAUAUAGCCUCAAAACAUGGUUAAAACUAUGAUUUUGAUAUCACGGAUAGUCAGUCCUUGCAUCCAUCGCUCAUAGCCUAUGAAUUUGAGAAUGGUUAUAUUUCUCCGGCCCCAUCCCUCAGGUUUUUACCAAAAUAGGUAGAGAACGCUUUAUUGUUUCAACUACGGAUUAUCUCUUUAUGCUUGGGACACAUAGCAACAUUUGGAACCGAAGUUUUGUCAAUGGAUUCUAUUGAAAAACCCUGAAGCCAAUGAAUGUGACCAAAUGUGACAAACACCUUUUGUCCAAUGGCAUAUUUUUCAAGAAAAACAAGUAUUGCUAAAAGUCAUUUGCAAUUGUUCCGACAGGUUUCUCCGCUCCGACGCUAAACUAAACUGUAUUCAGAGUUGAUUUGGUGCAUUCAGAACAGGCUUUCUUUGCAUGAGAAAAACAAGUUUAAUCCACCCUAAACCAACCCAGUCCUCUCUAAAUUUCCCCAUUCAACUCUGUGACAUAUCCUGUCCUUGGCCUCUUCGUGACAACAGAAAAUACAGUUGAAAGAUAAAGCUCUCCCAUCUUCUCAACCUCUGAAGGGGAAAAAAGUAAAAGAAAUGGGUGGAAAAAGCCAAUCAGGUCUGUUUGAACAUUCACUUGAGGUGGAGAAUUAAUCAACUUUAGUGAAUGAUGUUUUCUUUUCAACUCCCCACAUACUCUUUUUCUUUUUGAAAUACUCUUUUUCUUUUUUGUUCAAAACGUCAACCACAUCACCGAUUGUAAAUUGCUCUCGGAUGGCUGAGGAAAGUCUGAUUUUAAUGGCUUAUAGUGCUGGGACGGGGACAGGGAUGGGGACGGGGAUGGGGAUGGGGACCGGGGGAUAGAGAGGAUAAAAUAAAGUGUAGGUAGGGUGGGAUGUGAGUGGGGAAAUACCCACGAUGCCCAUGUUUCAUUCAUACUGAGUACAGGGCCGCUCCACCAUCGCUCCCUGGCUCUACUUUCAUUUAAAUGGAAAUCAAUUGUGCCCCGUGAACAAAAGCUUUAGGGCCGAGGUGCUGGCUGGCUUAUUUCUUACUCUGCAUUACAGAGAAAGGAUGUUUUUUGGCAGAGGUCAGGGGAGAGGGGGAGGUGGACAUUAUGUUCUUCGGCAUGACAGGGCUAUUCAUUUGUUGCGUUAUCAUGAGGGAACAAGGGUUGUUGUGAGUGUGUGUGAAUUACACCCACGAUCAAGUAGUGUUGAAAUAACUGGGUCUGUCUAAACAGCAUGCGCACUGUCUUUCUCCACUCAACCUUACCGCUGUGAUGUCAUCAACUGGGGAUGGGCUUGGCUCCAGGCUGUACAGAAACACCUGUGUAAUUAGCGCCUCCAUCUCAUUUUGUGUUAUCUGGUUCACUCAAUCAGAAUUGUCCCAAUCUGUUUAAGUUGAUGAAAUUCAAUUAGUAGCUGGUGCUGCUAAUAGUGAGAAACAGAUUCUAAAUGCAUACGGUGUGGUAUGUGUGUGUCUGCACUCUGCAGGUGUUUGUGGGGUUUGAUUGAAGCAUCACAACUAGCCGAGUAAGCAUUUCUUAGAUGUAGUCCAGCUCUGACAGCAUUUCUUAGAUGUAGUCCAGCUCUGACAGCAUUUCUUAGAUGUAGUCCAGCUCUGACAGCAUUUCUUAGAUGUAGUCUAGCUCUGACAGCAUUUCUUAGAUGUAGUCUAGCUCUGACAGCAUUUCUUAGAUGUAGUCCAGCUCUGACAGCAUUUCUUAGAUGUAGUCCAGCUCUGACAGCAUUUCUUAGAUGUAGUCCAGCUCUGACAGCAUUUCUUAGAUGUAGUCCAGCUCUGACAGCAUUUCAGAAGGAGAAUAAUUUGACAUACAUUUAAAAGAACAAAACAACUUUCACUUACCCUUUGUUUACUGACCACAGUCACAUUCAAGAAAGCCUUUUUCCCUACUCAGAAAUAGCAUGAGAAAUACCCUUCACCUGCAAAGCAGAUGUUGUGGUUAUGAGUCUGUGACUAGUCUCGCUAUAAGAUGAGGUUUGCAUAGAACAGUUUUUCUUGUUCACGAUACAAAGAACAUCUAAGAACCGUUCAAGCAAGCAUGUUGAAUAAGCCAUGAACUAAACAAAGUGCAAAAAUCCUAAAAGAAUUGGUUUGACCUGUGUAAUGCUCUGUACAUUCAGCUACACUUGCACAUCUCCAUGGCAUUAUGCUCCUUCAAAGCCACAAAGCAUUGCUAUUGUGAAUGCAUCAAAACUGAUUGUCCUCCAUUUAUUUCUUCCAGGCCUUACGUUGAAAAGGGUAUGAAAUGUUCAAAUAUUGGAAAAAAAUAUUGGAUUUUCAAAAGAGCUCCAUGGGCUUUUUCAGCUUUGCAAAAGUUUCUCUAGGCCCAUUUUCCAUCUAAUCUUUAUUUUUUGGUCAAGAGAAAGCACUAUCAAGUUCAGCCAAUCCUUGACACUGUCAGACAUGGCUUCCCAAGAGCCUUAACUUAUUAUACAAAAGUCAUUACACCACCCCCUCUCCCAAAAAACUGUUGUGUAUUCUGUCUUUUGAUGAAAAUAGGAAAAUGUAUCAACCAGCAGAUUUUGUUUGAUGAGCUUGAUGCAUUUCAGGGAUGAUGCAUCCUCUGCACAGCAAUACGUUAUGCAAAUGUCUUCCAAAAAAUUAUUUUCUUUGACAAGUAGCUUGGUGUAUUAUUAUAUUGUUAUGAAAUGUCCUAUUGUAAACUCAAUAUUCAAAUGAUAGUUUAGUCUUUUAGUUAAGCACACGUCUUCAUCAGUACUCAUAAUCAAUGCUGAUAAACCCUGUACAUUCUGUUUGCUCAGGAUCAUUAACUGUUUGUAGUGUACAGCAGCGAAGUGUUUCGACAAUGCUCUAUAUCUCAUCCAUUCCUAUGUCUAUGAAUCUGAGUGUGUUUUAGAAUAACUAGACCUGCACUAAAAGUGUCAUCUUGCUGUUCUACUUGUACUGUAGGUUUCCACAGCCCACACAUUCUCCAAUCAUUCAAUUUGGACUAGCAUUACUUAUGUUCUGUAUAUGGCUCUUCUAUAUCAUGCAUUAUGACUAUUUUUACAUUAAAUGUGUUCUGCUAUG